GAUUCACCUUCAUCCCACCCCUAUACCACACCUGUACCAGUUUGUGCAAACAUAUUAACCCGAAUAGGUCACUUUUGAGAGAGACAAACAGUGAAACAGUUUUCAGUUCAGUUUACUCCGGUUUCCAUCCCAAGAAACAGCGGAGACUAAAAGAGAUAAAAAUGGGGUGCUUCACUUUUAUAAAGGUCAUGAUGAUCUUGUUCAACCUCCUGAUUUUUCUAGGGGGCGCUGGACUGCUGGCAGUGGGAAUCUGGGUGAGUGUGGACGGGAACUCCUUCCUGAAGGUGCUGGGGCCCUUUGCCAACCAGGCCACACAGUUUGUCAACGUGGGCUACUUCUGCAUCGUCAUUGGAGCCGUGCUGGUGAUCCUCGGUUUCUUUGGAUGCUGCGGGGCUAUGAAGGAGAGCAAGUGUCUUCUCAUCCUGUUCUUCAGCGUCAUCCUGAUUAUCUUCAUAGCUGAAAUUGCAGCUGCAGUUGUUGCCCUGGUCUACGCUUCAUUUGCACAGAGCAUCCUGCAGGCGUGGGCCGAACCUGAAUUGCAGAACCAGUAUGGCAAUAACGCGGUGGUCACGCAGAUAUGGAAUGACACCAUGACAAGUUUGAAUUGCUGCGGCUUCAACAAUUACACGGACUUCAUGAACUCAACUUAUUACAACACAAAUAGGAAAAGCUUUCCUCCACCUUGCUGCAACAACACCACUCCCUGCACGCUGACCUUAGCACAGCAGACCAACGUUGGAGGGUGCUACAAACAACUUCUGGGAACUUUAAAGAAAAAUGCAAAUGUUGUCGGAGGUGUUGCGGCUGCAAUUGGCGCAGUGGAGUUGGCGUCGAUGGUCGUGUCCAUGUACUUGUACUGUCACAUGGACAAAACUGGACAUUAAGAAAACAUGGACAGGAGCCAGCCACGGUCCCGUGAUGCCCAUAGUGAUGUCAUGAGCUGUGUUUGUGGUGAAAUAAACAGUUCAAGAUUUCAGUUUACUUAUAAUCAGGAAACAUCCAUCACAGGGAAUACGCACUUUGUUUAUCACAUUGUUUCUUAUAUUUAGUGCAGAUUCUAAGUUAAAUUGCAUUGUAACAGUGAUGCUUGUGAGAGUGGUCUGUUACUGUUUAAAAGCUAUAUGACGGCCAUUUUAAAAUACUUUUUGGCUUAAUAGUGCAACUUUGUUAAGUGACCCUUCACCAAUUGUUCUCAGAAUCAAAUGAUCUAAUGACGUUUUGUUUGACUUCCUUAUAGAUAAGGUAUCCAUAAUAACUGUUCUGCAAUACACUGUUAAACCGGUUGAACCGGCUAACAGGCCCUAAUGGUUUUUGGUCUUGUGAAACCCAAAGGAAGAAAUCAAGAAAAAUUCCUGCAUAAAAUAAUUAUAUUUCUAUUUUUGAUGUUCCACAACUGAAUUUCUGUGUUUAUGUGAAUAUGGUAUGACCCGAUUAAUGCCACGAUAUUUAGGCCAUGUGGUUUUGUAAAUGUACAGAUUGAAAAUAAAGGAGAAAAAGCCUUAAUUAUAAACAAAAAA